AUGUCCGAGGAAACCAUGGGCAAGAGCGUGACGCCGUCGUCUACAGAUUGCGAAGCAGUUUGUACUGGAGACAUUAAAAGUUUUUGUCAUCAGGCGGAUGUCGGGCAAUUAGCAAAUUGUAAGUUUGUAACCUUUCGGUAUGGAGGGAAGACCAGAUGAUUAGAGCACACAAGCUUGAGUCAAUGGUGGGAAAGAUCCGAAAACAACUGGAUUUUAAAUGACUAGACGAUGUUCUUUCGAAACUGAGCACUAUGAUUUGGAAAAUAUGCCAAAGAGCAAAGAGCAUGAAAAGGCUUGUUGAAACAAGAUUCAUUCGCUACCUGGUUGGUUCAAUUUACGCACCUCUUAAUAGGCAAUUCCAGCUAUAGACUAAAUUUUGAUCUAGGCAAGAAGAACACAUUAAUAGUAAAAUUGCAAAGUUUGGUUGCGAAAUGUUGCAAAUUUUGUAUUAAUUUGUAUUACGCAGGGGAAAAUGCACCACUUUCGGCCCAAAUGUGGUGCAUUUUCCCGCGCGUAAUACAAAUUAAUACAAAAUUUGCAAAUUUCGCAGGGCUAUAUGCAUAGGCGUCAAAAGAUUGAUGAGGGGACCAUAUUCAUGUGUUCGUGUUCACAGACCGUAAAAACAAUCGAUUUCAAAAGAAAUUAAUAAUGCAGAACACGAAUAUAUAAAUAUGGUCCCCCCCACUUAUCGAUCUUUCGUCGCCUAUGGCUAUAUGUUCCGCAUUUUACAACAUUUCGCGGCCAAACUUUGAAAUUUUACUCAUUUUAACAUGCUCUUUCUAGCUGUUGUGAUGGAUUUUGUUUUUCUUGCCUAGAUCAAAAUUUAGUCUAUAGCUGGAAUUGCCUAUCGCUAGAACUGAAUCAACUGAUGUGGCAAGAACAAUCUGGGCGUCACUUAUUAAAGAACCUGAUGAAUCCACUCUUUCUGCCAACUCUGCUGAUACUAGCCGAUAUCUUUAGUCAAAUUGGAUGAAAAAUUGGGAAGGUGUUAGAAAAUUUUCGGUUUUAAAUCCACUUGUGCAGUGUGAAGAUAUGUUUGUCGUAUCUCUUAUUGAUACUCCAGAAAUGCAGUCGUCGAGCAUCAAAAAUAUAAACAUUUUCUGGUGGAGAACUCUCAGACCCUCCCCCCCCUAUCUUCUUUACAAAACAAUUAUGUGUUGGGGUGGUGGAACAGAGGUGAAAGUGGGGCGACCGAAGCCCUCCCAAAGAAUGAUUAGAGUGGGAGAACUUAAUAUUCUUCGCUUUCUCCAAUGCAAACUUAUUAUACAUUGAAUGCUCAUAAUUUCCCGUUACAUGAUGAAACAGAGGAUUUUGCAAAUCGACUCUUCCCCAGAAUGCAGGAAAUGCCAUAUAAGCGACUCUAGAUUUCAACAUUUUCUGAGGAUAUAUGUCCUUCUGCCACCCGUAUGCCACCAGAUCAGUAAGAGUCCAUGAUAAUUUACAAGCUUUAUAAAAAAGCUAAUGCACGCCAAAUACCUGUUGCUUCCACUUAAUCCCUAAACGACGAAAGUCCGUAAGUCAGUUUUUAUCAUUUUCCUCCCAUCGACCGUUGGGAUACACAGACUACAGUAUAGUAUAUAGUAUAUCUCGUAAUACAUUUAGGAUAAAAUUGACUCAAAAAUGCUAUCAAGAAGUGAUUAAUUAAGAUGUAAUUAUACAUUUAAGAUGUUUUAUACUUUUAUUGCCUACAGCUCUGUUUCGUUCAACAUAUCUAAUUUAUCAUUCUUUUGACGUUUGAUUUCAUCCAGUUUUGGUGUUUACGUACUUUUCUUUCAAUUUUCAGGGAUCCCCAUAAUGGCAACAAAUGUGGAAGAAGCUACCAACCUUAAUCCAGUCGCACGAGUAAUACUAGUAGGUCUUUAUGAUCCUGAUAGUCAUUUUCAUCUUUUGGCCGGAAUGCAUUAUAUCUUAAAAUCAAUAUGGCACGAUGUACUAACAUACUACAAAUCGAGAAUAAAGAAUGGAGACAGUGUCGACCUAAGAUAUAGUGUCGACCUCAAUUUUGUUAAAGUUAAGUGGGGACACUUCUACACAGAUUUGGAUUCCCAUUCUGAUUGGCUUGUACGUUUUCCAGAACCCAGUGAUAUCGAUAUCAACAUGAUGCCGUUUGUUAUGGCAAAGAGAUUCGAGGAAACAAAGCUUCCAGACUACUUGAGAACAUAUUGGGACCAAAUUCUUGCUCAGUGUAUCGUCAGUAGCGAAGUGGGUAAAAUAGGAUAUUUAACAGUCCUUGAAAGCUAUGUUGAGAAAGGUUCAACUCAGAGAACGCCGGGAAUUCACACCGAAUCUCCUGGAGUUGUAAUGCUCAAGGGAAUUACUAAAGGAAAAGUAAGUACUACUACAAGACAUAACGCAUGGGGAGGUGGUUUCGCAACUACACAGGAAUUAAAAGGUGGAAUUUACAUGGCAUCAAAUGUUCCAAACUCGUGUAAAGUUUGGAAUUGCAAGAUUCUUCCACCCGAUGACAAUUCCCCUGAUGUUAUUGGUGAACAUGGCGAUAUUGAGCAACUACGGGCGUUUUUACCUUCAUCGUGUGAGGUGAUGGAUGCAAACAUAGUGUAUUGGCUUACAGAUCGCACACCACAUGAAGCACUGCCACUUAGUGAAGGAACAUAUAGGCAGUUUGUAAGAGUUGUUACUAGUCAACUUACAUAUUGGCAUGAAGAGCAUAAUACAAAGAAUCCACUUGGUGUUGUUCCCGAUCCGAAUAUAACAAAAAUUAUCAAAGGAUCAAAGUUUGAUGGCAGCAGCUGUUAUGUAGUUGAUCCAUAGAUUACAGGGGUCGUUUAUACAGGGUGUAUAAAAAAAGUUUAUCCAAAUUUGACAUGUCAUCGUGCGUUUAAACUUAAUAUGUCAAUAGGUUUUCUUUUUCGUAUUUAUAAAUAUUUUAGCUGUCAAAUGACACGGUGUGGAAUGAUUCCGAUAAAAAAGACCAAAUGCGAUCUGAUUUAAAGUGAACGGUUCUCGAUUUAAUUUUUCCACCUUUGGGAUUCUUCCAAAUUUCGAACAUUUUCCCAAAUGGAGGCCAGCCUACAAGCUUCCAGUGUUGUAAAAUGUUUUAGCCACUCAAUUUCGAUGUAAAAUCGCGAGUAAAAGUUUCUCAAAACUUGAUACUUACACAUGCGUUGCGCCAUAUUUACUCAAGGGACUUUAAUUUGAAUCCCAAAUGAGAAUAAUUUCAAUACCCAGACAACAGCUUUUCAUGCAAUUCCCAUGCAACGGUGCAUGUGUCGACGGAAAAAUGCGAUUUCGACCGGCACUUUUACAAGAAAGGUAGCAUUUGACAGCUAAAAGCCUGAUCUUUAUUGGUAUGAAAAAUAUAAAUUGAUAAACGUAGUAUAUAUAAUGCACGAUAACGUGCCAAGUGGUCCAGAUGGCAUUCCCCCGUUUGUCUUUUGAAGCGUUGCUCGGAAGUUAUUGCCCCAUCUCUUGCUGCUUCAUUUGAGAUAUCUAUAGAGAGUAGAAUACUGUAGCUCCUUCUGAGUGGAAACUUGCAAACGUGGCGCCUGUUCUUAAAAAAGGAGAUUCUCAUGAAGUCAUAAACUGUAGAUAUGUUUCAUUUCUUUCUCUGGUUUCUAAGGUUCUCGAGCGUGUGAUCUUUAGGACUUUUCAUCCAAGGACUUUUUAGAAUCCAAGGACUUUUAAGAACUUGUUGAAAAGAAAAUAUUUUUGGGCAUUGUCAAAUAUAUUUGAUGCGGAUAAUUCAGAACAUGGACUGUAGUCAGUUCUUUAAAUGUUGCAGUGUGUCUAGUUUGUCAAUAUGUCGUUAAGGUUAUAUAUUAUCUAAGUUUGUAUUUCUUAUUUUACUAAUGUAUUAAUACUUUUAGAGUAAUUAAUUUGUAAUUUCGGAGUUAAACCUUGAUUGCAUGGAGCUUGCUCUGUUGUUUAACUCCUCGUAUAAAUGUACGAAAGCUUAUUAAAACUAAAACUAC